GGGGUUGGCAGGUUGGUUAUACAAGCAAGAUGACGGGUCUCAUGGGCCGCAGUCUCUUCAAAACCAGCGUGAGGUUAACCUCUGGCACUCCACUCAAGGAGAAGAAGUUUCAUGACAAGUUGUUGGUGAUGGCUUCGACGAGAAGCUGGGGCCCCCCACACCGUGUGCUUGGGGUCAGCCUGCUGUUGCUGCUUCUGUUGGUGUUCCUCCUACUGGGCACUGGCACAGAAGCCGUACGGAAACGAAACGGGAAGAAAAAACCAAAGCUAGCUAGCUGCCUCCAGGUAGAGGCAUUCAAGAAGAAACUGAAAGGGAACUUCUGCCCGUACACAGUUAGCAAGAUGGUGUCGUGUAAGGUGGCCAACGGUACAGAGACUUACACCGGUAAAGUCGCCAUCGGUAACCGUAUCCAGUUCAUGACGAUGACACGACCCCGAUACGUGACCUCGUUUAAGGAGGUGCAGGAGACGGACUACGGCUGUUGUCCUGGCUUUUACGGCGAUAAUUGUGAUAAUUCUUGCUUCAACUGCACGCAGAUCCACAACUUGUUGUCUCGGGUGCGAACGUUGGAGGCCAAGUUGCUACGGUCUCCUUCUGCUUCCCUCCCACCACUUGAUGAACCCGUCAUUGAGAUGGGUCUGCCUGAUACAUCACACGUUAAUGGUCACCCCCUCAACCAGGGGCGUGGUAGGGGGCGCAGCCGCUCCAGCAGCAGGGGUCGUGGGCGUGCGAGCACUAGCUCUAGAGGGCGUGGACGCGGCAGUGACAGGAGGAGCACAAGUAGACGGGAGGAUGACCCCCGCGGGGACAUCGAUAUCGUAGAGGAAGGAGGCACCGACGCCUACGAUGUUGCCUCAGCACGGCCCACCCUCGCCACCUCCCAGGCAGGCUCGGGCCAGUGUGCUUGUCCACCUGGUCCACCUGGCCCCCCUGGUGCACCUGGACGCGACGGACGGGACGGUAACCCCGGGACGCCUGGCUUGCCAGGCACACCUGGAAUUGUCACACGAGGGCCAGGAAGUGGUUUGGGUGGCGAAACUAACUACGUUGCUGGUCCACCCGGGCCACCAGGAUUGGCUGGGUCACCAGGACCCAGAGGCAUUCCCGGUCAUGAUGGCCGUCCUGGACCAGCAGGUCCACCAGGGCGUAAUGGACAGGAUGGCACCCCAGGCCUUCAGGGACCACUUGGCCCUCCAGGUCCUCCAGGUGAAAGCAUACACGGACCAAAGGGAAGCCCGGGUCUUGAUGGUCUUCCUGGUCAGCUAGGUCCUGCAGGUCCUCGAGGACUAGCUGGUGCCAUCGGCCCUCCUGGACCCAGGGGUGAACCUGGCCUUAAUGGCAUUGCUGGUACGCCAGGGCAACCUGGUCCAAAGGGCGAGAUAGGUCCUGUAGGAGCCCCAGGAACACAGGGUAGGAAUGGUCUCCCUGGAGCACCUGGACCUGUUGGCCCACCUGGACCUCCUGGCCCACCUGGACUUCCUACCCCUCUUAUUCCAGCUCGAGGGUUCGAUCAGUAUAUCCCUGACUAUGCUGGUGCUCUUGGAGAAGGACAUGAGGGUAGUGGCUAUGGGGUUGCUGUUGAUGAUGAUGAGUAUCCUCUUGGGAUCCCUGGCUUGCCCCGUCCCCGUGGUUAUCCAGGGCCUCCUGGACCCAAGGGACAGAAAGGUGAUCCUGGACGCCCAGGUCUUCCAGGCACGAAAGGUGACCGUGGAUUUGAAGGCUUACGUGGGUCUCCUGGCGAGCCUGGUUUGACUGGUCUGCCAGGGGAACGUGGCGAGCUGGUUUUCGCUGGGUUAUUUACAGAUGGUGCUGAUACACUUCCCAUUCAAGAACUGUUCCAGACAGUUGCACAUCUUCGAGAGAACCUGAACCUUCUUGAUGCUCGAGUACGAAUCUUGGAGACGGAACUACCUAAAAUUAUUGGUGGAUCGCCUAAAUGGCCUGGUAAAUUCUGCACUCCCUACACUGGAUGGUGCAGUCUCUACAUCUCAGCAGCUUCCUCCUCCCCACAGGUCAGGUUUGACCUACCCAAAUGAGGUUAACAAAAUUCCAGGAAGAGGAGGAGGAGUAAGAGUAUCAGAGUCACAGCCUUUGAUACCAGGGUCUUUUACUACUUCUAAAAUUGAAAGACCAUUAACACCUGAAGCACAAGACACUUCUCUAUCUUACGAAGAUCUCAAUACUGUAACAGAAGAAACGGAAGAAAGAGAUGGUCUAGGUUAUGACUAUAACUUUGACUAUAAGAAUUAUGACUAUGAUUACUAUGAAAAUGGUGCAACUAGAAGGAAAAGACAACCUGAUAAAAUUAAAUUGAGAAUGAGUAAAUGUAAUAAAAUGGAACUGUUAAUAGUUUACAAGAAGGUUUCUGAAGAAAGAUCAACUUCUGGAAAAGAAGGAGGAGUAAGAGUAUCAGAGUCACAGCCUUUGAUACCAGGGUCUUUUACUACUUCUAAAAUUGAAAGACCAUUAACACCUGAAGCACAAGACACUUCUCUAUCUUACGAAGAUCUCAAUACUGUAACAGAAGAAACGGAAGAAAGAGAUGGUCUAGGUUAUGACUAUAACUUUGACUAUAAGAAUUAUGACUAUGAUUACUAUGAAAAUGGUGCAACUAGAAGGAAAAGACAACCUGAUAAAAUUAAUAUUGAGAAUGAUGUAAAUGUAAUAAAUGGAACUGUUAAUAGUUUACAAGAAGGUACUGAAGAAAGAUCAACUUCUGUAAAUAUAAAGAAACAUAAAAGGCAAAACAAACCAGGAAGCACUACUAAAACUAAGAAAAUACAAAAGCAAAUUGCUUCUGAAAGACCAUUCAGGAGCAAAAGUCAUCACAACAGUUCAGGGGUUCAAGCAGAUAACAAAUCUGGAAGAACAAGACGACUGAAUUCACCAUCUAAAGGAAAGUCAUACAAGAUGACUCCCAUAUUAAGAAAUCUAACUACUCAAGAAGUUUUCCAGGACAGGAUGAGAAGCGCACUCAGGGUUCAGCAGCCACAUAAGAAUGUCAGGCGGAAGGAUAUUCAUCCCUUAAGGGGAGGUUUUUCUCACUCCCAAAGAUCAAAGAGGAAAUCUGGAUUCCCUUUCAGGUCAUUUGUAGAGGAUGUGACUUGGAUAUAACAUUUUUAAUUGUUAAAUGUUUUAUUCUUACACCACAAAUUAUUAGUCUUUAGCUCUGUAUUAUUUUAAGUGCCCUCGUGAUAAUUGUAUGAAUUACUUGUGUGCAUUAUCGAGAUGCAUAAUUAGCAGGAAAUUUUCCCACUUCUUCCAGUUUCAUUUCGACUCAGUUAUAUAUAUCUGCCUCUGGCUUUUCUCUAAAUAUAAAAAUAUGACAAGAUGCAAUGAAACACCCUAGUGUAUAAAGUAUGGUAAUUAUUUUUUUGUGCUCUUUCUUAAAUAAUUGUCAUGACAAGAAAAAUGCUUGAGUUUACUUGGUAUAUUCAUAAAACUGGUUUAUUAAUGGUUAAGAGGCUGGGCCUAAGAGCUGGAGAUUAAACCCAGUCAGGACAGUUGGGUAAGUAUAGUCAGUGACUACCAUGACAAGAGUUUCACCUAGUUCAGGUGUAGUCAAGCAAUUUAUCAAUUUUUCAGUUCUGAACUCUUUAAUUCAGUCGAUUGAUAAAUUAGCCAUAUUUCAAGCUUGGUGCAACUUCUUUAUUAAACUAUGUUUAUGUACAAAGUAAAAGCAUGUUUAAGAGAUAUAACUGAUGAAACAAAACAUUUGCUGAAAUCCUCAACAUUAGCAUUGAACACUUAGCACUAAAUUAUAAAAUUCAUCAUUGCUAGUUAUCCAUGCCAGUUCAUCUUUGAUUUCAAUAUUUGCACUUUGCUUAAGUCUGAAAAUGUAUUAACAAGAAGUUUGUGUAUUUUUUUAUCUGUAUACUAUUUUAUUUUAUUUAUUUAUUUUUUUUAGGAAAAUAAGUCACUUUGACUUUUUUUGGGUUAUCCUGGGUAAUUUACACUGUGUAUUAUAAUUGUAUACUUAUGUGUACCUAUGCCUAAAUAAAAUUACUAACCUAUAAA